UCAUAUGUCAAAUUGCAAAAUUUACAAAAUACGCAUUUUCUUUAAUUAAUUACAUUACAUAUAAAGCCAUUAAAAUGACGAAGAAGAAAAUAAUGCCAAACCUCUCGAAAGAGGAGAAAAUGGUAAUGGUUAUAUCAGAAAUUAUACAAGAAUUGCUGGUCGCUCACCGUCAGGGCAAAGAUGUUAACCUCAACAAGAUGAAGACGAGGAUUUCAUCAAAAUACGGACUUGGAACUUCACCGCGACUUGUAGAUAUCAUAGCAGCUGUGCCAGCUGAUUCGAAGAGUAUUUUGCUACCAAAAUUAAAAGCGAAACCGAUUCGUACAGCAUCUGGUAUCGCUGUCGUAGCCGUCAUGUGUAAACCUCAUCGUUGCCCACAUAUCAAUUUUACGGGUAACAUUUGUGUGUAUUGCCCCGGUGGUCCCGAUUCGGAUUUUGAAUACUCGACUCAAAGUUAUACAGGAUAUGAGCCAACUUCUAUGAGAGCUAUCAGGGCGCGAUACAAUCCGUAUUUACAGACGCGACACAGAGUGGAACAGCUGAAACAGCUCGGUCAUAGUGUGGAUAAAGUUGAGUUUAUUGUGAUGGGAGGUACAUUUAUGAGCCUGCCAGAAGAUUACAGAGAUUAUUUUAUUCGGAAUCUUCAUGAUGCCUUAUCAGGACACACUUCAAAUUGUGUAGCAGAGGCUGUGAAAUAUUCAGAGAAAGCUAAAACAAAGUGCAUUGGGAUCACUAUAGAGACUCGGCCAGACUACUGCUUGCAGAGGCACAUGAGUGACAUGCUUAACUAUGGCUGCACAAGGUUGGAGAUAGGAGUGCAAUCUGUCUAUGAGGAUAUAGCCAGAGAUACAAACAGGGGGCACACAGUAAAAGCAGUUUGUGAGAAUUUCAACCUUGCUAAGGAUGCAGGAUACAAGAUUGUAGCUCACAUGAUGCCCGACUUACCAAAUGUCGACUUUGAAAGAGAUGUUGAGCAAUUUAUAGAGUUCUUUGAAAACCCAGCUUUUAGAGCGGAUGGACUCAAGAUAUACCCAACUUUGGUAAUUAGGGGCACCGGGCUUUAUGAGUUGUGGAAAACGGGAAGGUACAGGAGUUACCCACCAUCUACACUAGUCGAUCUUAUUGCUAAGAUAUUGGCAUUAGUUCCACCAUGGACUAGAGUUUACAGAGUACAGCGUGACAUACCUAUGCCUCUGGUUUCCUCUGGAGUGGAGCAUGGCAAUCUGAGAGAGCUGGCUUUGGCUCGUAUGGCAGAUUUGGGGACUGACUGCCGGGAUGUGAGGACAAGGGAGGUGGGGAUACAAGAGAUACACAACAAAGUUAGACCGUAUGAGGUUGAACUAAUAAGACGAGAUUAUGUAGCCAACGGUGGUUGGGAGACUUUCUUAUCAUAUGAGGAUCCGGAUCAAGAUAUAUUAGUUGGUCUGCUCCGACUCAGAAAAUGUGCUAAAGAUACCUAUAGACCGGAAUUGAAGCCGGGACCUAAUGCUAACUUCAAGCAAUGCAGUAUUGUGCGGGAGCUUCACGUCUAUGGAUCUGUUGUACCCGUUAACGCACGAGAUCCAACAAAGUUUCAACAUCAGGGUUUCGGAAUGUUGCUCAUGGAGGAAGCGGAACGUAUCGCUAUGGAAGAGCACGGAUCUGAUAAGAUUGCGGUUAUUUCUGGUGUAGGAACACGCAAUUACUACGCAAAAAUCGGGUACCAUCUUGAGGGACCGUACAUGGUCAAGAUGCUUGCUUGAAUAAAAUUGUAGAAAUA